AUGGCGGGACAAGCGCUGCGCGAGCAGCUUGCAGGAGCAAGUUAUCCGCCAGUGGCACCCAACUGGGGCGCCGACUAUUGUACCAAUCAUUAUGACACGUACGACUACAUUGACCCUGUUAAAGGGUCUAGUUGCACCGGAAAGGCCAUUCUAGUGACUGGGGGGAACAAGGGAAUUGGAAAAGGCAUCGCUUUAUCGUAUGCUAGAGCAGGUGCAUCGCACAUCGCCAUCACAUCCCGCUCAGAAGUCCCGGAAGUUGUAGCAGAGAUUGAGAAAAGCGCGACGGGUGCCGGAAGAGCGAAACCGGUAGUAACCGUCCUGCGUGUGGCUAACGCUGCUCGCGUCUUAGAAGGGCAAUGGGGCCGACUCGACAUCUUAAUUGGCAACGCAGGAUAUCUGUCCAAGUACGACAAGAUCUUAGACGGAGACGAGGAAGGAUGGUGGCGGAAUUUCGAAGUUAACGUUCGCGGAAACUACCUUGUCGCGAAGGCUUUUCUACCCCUGAUGCUAAGGGGCGGGGACAAGACUAUUAUUAACAUGUCUUCAACUGGAGUCCAUCAUUUCCAUACAGGCGGAAGUGGUUAUCAGCUCAGCAAGUUUGCUCUUCUGAGGCUCACCGAGUAUCUCAUGGCAGAGUACGCAAAUCAGGGCCUACUUACCUAUUCAAUACAUCCAGGAGGAGUCGUUACGGAUCUGACUCGGGCGUUACCAGAAGCAACACAAGCUUGGCUUAAAUGCACACCCGCCUUAAGUGGUGAUACGAUAACCUUCUUAACGAGCCGGAGACAAGACUGGCUAGCGGGUAGAUAUCUUAGUGUGAUGUGGGACAUGGCCGAAUUAUUCUCCAAGAAGUACGAGAUCAUCACAAAAGAUGUUUUGAAGAUGAGGAUGACUUUCUAG